AUGAAUUAUGUCAACAAUUUUGGGGGUCAGAGGCAGGGAGGACAACAAUGGGCACCAGCACCCAACCAGCAGUACAGACCGAACAUGCCACAACCUGGAGGUAUGCGACCCCAAGGCCAAAUGGUUCCAUAUCAGAGACAACAAGGCUAUCAACAGCAACACCAGCAACAAUUGACAUAUCAGCCACCUCAUCAGCAACAGGACAGCAACAUGGAAAAGUUGGCAGCGCAUGACUCAGCAAUUAAGGGUAUUGAAACUCAACCAGGGCAGCUAUCCAUGGCCUUGAAUAACCGCCCCCGGGGAACAUUGCCAUCCGACACGAACAUUAACCCCAAGAAGCAAAACCCGAAUCGGCUAAUGGCAGUAAGUCUCCGAAAUGGGAGAGAUUUAGACAAGGAGAAAGAAGUUGCUCAAUCCAGAAGAGAGACUACACCAUCCACGCCAAUUCCAGUAGAGAUAGAUGAAUCAGCAGAACUCACUGAAGUGGUGGUUGAACAGGCUCAGGUUGAUAAGGGUAAGGCUAAAGAAAGUGAACAAGUUGCAGAACAGGUGGUACCUCUUGUGCCACGAAAUUCCAACAAAGAACAGCUAGCAAGCAGUGAACAAAGAGUGAUGCCUGCACCAUUCCCUCAGAGACUGAAUGCUUUGAGGGAAAUGCCAUGCUAUGCAAAAAUGAUGAAGGACAUGAUGUCAAGGAUAUUUAACUUUCAGGACCUGUCUACAGUAACUCUGACACAUACAUGCAACGCGGUACUGACAAGACCCAUGGCUCAAAAGAUGCCUGAUCCAGGUAGCUUCACUAUUCCGUGCACUAUUGGAAGUUAUGCUUUUGCAAACGAAUUGUAUGACGUAGGAGCCAACAUAAACUUGAUGCCCUUGGAAAUAUAUACAAAACUGGGCAUUGGCAGAGCCAGACCGACCUCGAUGUUGUUGCAACUGGCUGACCGCACGGUUAAAAGACCCACAGGGAUUCUUGAUGAUAUGCUGGUACAAGUGGGAAAGUUUGUAUUAUCUAGCAUAUCAAAAAGACUUAUUAAAAUCGCCACCAUACGAGACUUGCAAGGCAUGCCCGCCAGGGUCCGUAUGGCAUCUUUGCCUUUCGAAGAAUGCCCUUUGGACUUUGUAAUGCACCGGUCACAUUCCAGCGAUGUAUGUUAG